AGCGCCCUGGAGAGGCUGGCCAAUGGGCACGGGGCCUGAUGCCGCUUCCGGCCCACCCUCUUGCCCGGGCCCCGGGAGGGCUGGUCCGCUGAGCCCGGACGCCGGGGAGCUACCACCGCGACUCCGCCCCGCCCCGCGCGGGCUCAGGUUACCUCCAGCUGCUGCCAUGCCCAACUCAGUGCUGUGGGCGGUGGACCUCUUCGGGAGAGUGUACACGCUGUCCACAGCCGGCCAGUACUGGGAGCUGUGCAAGGACUCCCAGCUAGAGUUCAAGCGCGUCAGCGCCACCACGCAGUGCUGCUGGGGCAUUGCCUGUGACAACCAGGUCUACGUGUAUGUGUGUGCCAGCGAUGUCCCCAUCCGCCGCCGAGAGGAGGCCUAUGAGAAUCAGCGCUGGAAUCCCGUGGGUGGCUUCUGUGAAAAACUCCUACUGAGUGACCGCUGGGCGUGGAGUGACGUGAGUGGGCUCCAGCACCGGCCGCUGGAUGGGGUGGCGCUGCCCUCGCCGCACUGGGAGUGGGAGUCUGACUGGUACGUGGAUGAAAAUUUUGGAGGCGAACCCACCGAGAAAGGGGGGUGGACGUAUGCCAUCGACUUUCCCGCCACCUACACGAGAGACAAGAAGUGGAAUUCUUGUGUGCGGCGCCGAAAAUGGAUCCGGUACAGGAGAUACAAGUCCCGGGACAUCUGGGCCAAGAUCCCCUCGAAGGACGACCCCAAGGAGCUGCCCGACCCCUUCAACGACCUCUCUGUAGGGGGCUGGGAGAUCACGGAGGAGCCUGUGGGCCGCCUGUCAGUGUGGGCUGUGUCUCUGCAGGGCAAGGUGUGGUACAGAGAGGACGUCAGCCACUCCAACCCUGAAGGGUCCUCCUGGUCCCUGCUGGACACCCCCGGGGAGGUGGUCCAGAUCAGCUGUGGGCCCCACGACCUCCUGUGGGCCACGCUCUGGGAGGGGCAGGCCCUGGUCCGGGAAGGAAUCAACAGGAGCAAUCCCAAAGGAAGUUCCUGGUCCGUUGUGGAGCCUCCUGGAUCUGAAAACGGGGUCAUGCACGUCUCGGUGGGAGUCAACGUGGUCUGGGCUGUCACCAAGGACCAGAAGGUGUGGUUCCGAAGAGGCGUCAACUCUCACAAUCCCUGUGGCACCAGCUGGAUUGAGAUGGUUGGUGAGAUGCUGAUGGUGAACGUGGGAAUGAACGACCAGGUGUGGGGCAUUGGCUGUGAGGACCGAGCUGUGUACUUCCGGCAGGGCGUCACCCCCAGCGAGCUCAGCGGGAAGACCUGGAAGGCCAUCGUCGUGGCCCGAGAGUGUGACCGGUCACACUCCGGCAGCUCGUCUAGUCUCCUCAGUGCCGGCUGCUUCUUCGGUGACGAGGUGAGGGGCAGUGGCGAAUCUGCCCCCAGCGACACCGAUGCCUCCUCAGAAGUCGAGAGACCGGGGCCUGGCCAGCCUCUCCCUGCAGAGCCUCUAGACGAUUCCAAGAAUCCCACGGGGAGCUCAGCCUCGGGCCCAGGGGCUGGCAGGACUGCAGAAGAUACCACGGAGGAUGCCUGCCCAGCUGAGGGCAGCAGGGCGGCCGGACCCGACACACACCCCGGCCCGGCCCCCACGCCGGCCGAGCUGCCCUGGACCAAUAUUGACCUCAAGGAGCCCAAGAAAGUGCCCAGCCACUCGGCCGCUGGCUUCCCCGAGACCACCAGCCUCUCCUCACUGGGGCUCCUCCCGCUGGGCUUGGAGGAGCCGUACGGGGUGGACGACCACCCGCUGUGGGCCUGGGUGUCGGGAGGCGGCUGCGUGGUGGAGGCAUGUGCCAUGCCCAGGUGGUUCACUGUCCAAGCGGGCCUGUCUCCCUCGGUGCAGACGCUGUCCCUGUCCAUCACGCCGGCCCAGACCGCCGCCUGGAGGAAGCAGAUCUUCCAGCAGCUCACAGAAAGGACCAAGCGGGAGCUGGAGAACUUCAGACACUACGAGCAGGCUGUGGAGCAGUCAGUGUGGGUGAAGACCGGGGCACUGCAGUGGUGGUGCGACUGGAAGCCCCACAAGUGGGUGGACGUGCGCGUGGCCCUGGAGCAGUUCACAGGGCACGACGGCGCCCGGGACAGCAUCCUCUUCAUCUACUACGUGGUCCACGAGGAGAAGAAGUACGCCCACAUAUUCCUGAACGAGGUGGUGGCGCUGGUCCCAGUGCUGAACGAGACCAAGCACUCCUUUGCCCUGUACACCCCCGAGCGGACACGGCAGAGGUGGCCGGUGCGUCUGGCUGCCGCCACCGAGCAGGACAUGAAUGACUGGCUCGCCCUGCUCAGCCUGUCCUGCUGCGAGAGCCGAAAGGUGCAGGGCCGCCCGUCCCCGCAGGCCAUCUGGUCCAUCACCUGCAAGGGGGACAUCUUCGUGAGCGAGCCCAGCCCAGACCUGGAGGCCCAUGAGCACCCCCUGCCCUGCGACCAGAUGUUCUGGCGGCAGAUAGGAGGCCACCUGCGGAUGGUGGAGGCCAACAGCCAGGGCGUGGUGUGGGGCAUCGGCUAUGACCACACGGCCUGGGUGUACACAGGUGGCUAUGGAGGUGGCUGCUUCCAAGGCCUGGCCAGCAGCACCAGUAACAUCUACACACAGUCAGACGUGAAGUGUGUUCACAUCUAUGAGAACCAGCGCUGGAACCCUGUCACAGGCUACACCAGCAGGGGUCUGCCUACGGACCGGUACAUGUGGAGCGAUGCCUCGGGGCUGCAGGAGUGCACCAAGGCUGGCACGAAACCCCCGUCCCUGCAGUGGGCCUGGGUUUCCGACUGGUUCGUGGAUUUCAGCGUCCCGGGGGGCACGGACCAGGAGGGGUGGCAGUACGCCAGCGACUUCCCUGCCUCAUACCAUGGGUCCAAAACGAUGAAGGAUUUUGUGAGGAGGAGGUGCUGGGCCAGAAAAUGCAAGCUGGUGACCAGCGGGCCCUGGCUGGAGGUGCCCCCCAUCACCCUCAGGGACGUGUCCAUCAUCCCGGAGAGCCCGGAUGCCGAGCGGAGCGGGCACAGCAUUGCCCUCUGGGCCAUCAGUGACAAGGGGGAUGUGCUGUGCCGCCUGGGCGUGUCGGCGCUCAACCCCGCGGGCUCCUCCUGGCUGCACGUUGGCACUGACCAGCCCUUCGCCUCCAUCUCCAUCGGGGCCUGCUACCAGGUGUGGGCCGUGGCAAGGGACGGCUCCGCCUUCUACCGGGGCUCCGUGUACCCCUCGCAGCCGGCCGGUGACUGCUGGUACCACAUCCCAUCCCCGCCAAGACAGAGGCUGAAGCAGGUAUCCGUGGGGCAGACGUCGGUGUAUGCCCUGGAUGAGAAUGGAAACCUGUGGUAUCGCCAGGGGAUCACGCCCAGCUACCCGCAGGGCUCCAGCUGGGAGCACGUGUCCAACAACGUGUGUCGAGUGUCCGUGGGGCCUCUGGACCAGGUCUGGGUGAUCGCCAACAAAGUGCAGGGCAGCCACAGCCUGAGCCGGGGGACGGUGUGUCAUCGCACGGGCGUGCAGCCCCACGAGCCCAAGGGCCAUGGCUGGGACUACGGCAUCGGGGGAGGCUGGGACCAUAUCUCUGUCCGGGCCAAUGCCACCAGGGCCCCCCGGAGCUCGUCCCAGGAGCAGGAGCCAAGUGCCCCGCCAGAGGCCCAUGGCCCCGUCUGCUGCUGAGGCUCCCCCACGCACCUAGAUGCAGUGAUGGUGCCCGGUUUGGGCGAUCAAGGCUGAGCCAUUCUUGUGCUGAAGUGUGUACUGUGAGAGCGAUGUCGCCCUGGUGGACUCUGGAGGGAACCUGGCCCCAAGGCUGCGGCCACUUCACAGGCACUGGUAGAGACGGCCCCGAAAUGUGAAGCUCCACGGACACUCCUGCACAUGUCCCCGUCUGCAAGGAGCCCUGGUGGUGUGGGGCAUGGGGUGGGAGGGGCCUCCCACCCUUCCCUUCCCCUCUCCCUCCUGCCUUUCCAGGACUAGAACCCAGAACCUGGAGCCCUCCAGGAACACCGGGCCUGGGGCAGCAGAGCCCAGGAUGGAGCCCGCCUGAGCUGGCAUCUCAGACAGCACCCGGGCCCCACCACCCCUGACCAAGCAAGAUGGCUGUGGGGCUCAGGGCCUCUUUACCAUAUGCAGUGACCAUUUCUCAGAGCAGGACUUGCAAAGAGGCUUUCAUUUCAAAAGUGAAGGAAGGAGGCCGGGCGCCGUGGCUCACGCCUGUAAUCCUAGCACUUUAGGAGGCUGAGGUGUGCAGAUCACCUGAGGUCAAGAGUUUUGAGACCAGACUGGCCAACAUGGUGAAACCCCAUCUCUACUAAAAAUACAAAAAAAAAAAAAUUAGCUGGGCAUGGUGGCGGGCACCUGUAAUCGCAGCUACUUGGAAGGCUGAGGCAGGAGAAUCGUUUGAACCCAGGAGGCGGAGGCUGCAGGGAGCUGAGAUCGUGCCGACGCCCUCCAGCCUGGGCGACAGAGUGAGACUCCAUCUCAAAAAAAAAAAAAAAAAAAAGUGAAGGAAGGAGACAGCAGAUUGGAAAUAACACUGGAGUAGAUGGGAUUGGAUGGGAUGUUCUCUUCCCUGCGGGGGCCGGGGUACCAGACAGGAGGCUGGGAGAGGAUGAGAGGCUGCCCUGUGGCCGGAGGCAGUGUCCGUGUGCGCAGUCACCGUCACCAACCCCCUUUCGGCCCCUUCCCCAGACGUGCUGGCGGACAGGGGCUUCUUGGAUCAGAUCAUGAUCAUGUUGUAGGGGGUGCAGACUGCAGGCUCCUGCGGGGAGCAGGACUGUGUCCGUCAGCGGUGGCCAUGGGCUGUGCACACGGACCCUCAGCCCAUCCUGCACAUGGAGCAGGGCGCACAGUCACGCUCCAUCCUGUGGCGAGAGCCCGGCCCGGCCAGGCGAGGCAGAAAGCGUCGGCCAAGUGGCCCCGACCCAUCCAGCGGCCUCUCAGCUGCUUUUUAUCCCUCUGUGCCCCAUUUGGGGGUUUGCUUCCUCCACCUGGACACUUUGCCCGGGAGGUCAUCAGAGCCCAACCCCAGGCUCUGCCCGGUUGGAGAGGGGAUGACUGUGCCAUCACCUGACCUUCCUAGGGUCCUGGUCUCACUGUCAGCAGGGGGUCCGUUGUGUUUGUACAAUAUGGGGUUUGUCACCCAAAAGCUGAUGCUGAGAAAGGUCUCCCUGGGGCCCCGCCCGCCGGCAUCUGAGAGACCUGGUGUUCCGGUGUUUCUGGAAGUGGGUCGCAGUGCCGCCGGCUGGGAAGCUCUCAGAUCAAUCACGGGAAGGUCCUGACGGUGGCGGCCACCUGGAACCACCCUGUCCUGUCUGUUUACAUUUCUCUAUCAGGUUUUCUUUGGGCAUUACGGUUUGUUCCCCUACAACAGUGACCUGUGCAUUCUGCUGUGGCCUGCUGUGUCUGCACGUGGCUCUCAGUGAGGUAGGGGGAGGGCGUCACCCUGCAGAACGGUAGAGCGACGCGUCCUCUCGCUGCUGAGCACCAACUGUUUACCUGCCCAGCAUCACUUCCUCAGAUGCUUUACUCAAUAAACAUUUCCCCUGGAGUGUCCAUG